CGAAACUUCCGGACACCUCACCCUGAUCUAAAUAUAGACCAAGGAAUUCCACUUUCGAUAUGAGAUAGAUUUAGAAUCGCUCCACGUAACUCUUGGAUAUAAUGGAGGAUGCGGACAGAAGGGUCUUACAAGUAAAUCGGACGUUCCUCGUGAAAAACAUAGCCAACCCUGAUGAUGUUGCCAACGAGUUGUUUUCAAAUGAAAUUUUCACAGAAGGAAUGAAAGAUGAAGUAGAAGUUGAAAAACUUAAAGAAAAGAAAGUGAGAAAACUUUUAGACAUAUUACCAAGACGUGGUCCCGAAGCAUUCCAGAUAUUUAUAAAAGUACUACAGGACACAAAUAAUGAUCAUGUUGCACUUAAACUGAAAUCCGGAAUCUCACCACAGAACAAUUCCCAUCAUCGGCAGGAAGACGGAGAAGAUGAUCUCCCACAAACAUGGCCAGAUCCAUUGAGUUUAGAGGGACGAUUGACUGUCAAACCUCUUACAUGCUCUGCUUCAAGGUUCCAAAAAACUGGGUGUUACAAAAUGGGUAGGAGACCUAGAGGCAGGGUCCUCAUCAUCAAUAAUAAGAUUUUUUUCGGACCUUUGGAAGAAGAUGAAAAUGGUAAAAAAAGGGUUACCUUAGCAACACGCGAGGGAACAGAACAAGAUGAGAGAAAAAUUCAGGAGGUCUUCGAACAAAUGUUCUUUGUUGUUGAUGUACAUAUGGACAAAAAGGGUGAAGAAAUCAAGGCGUUACUAAAAGAGGAGGUUAAAAAAGAUUUCCAUCACAAGGCAGAUUGUUUUGUUUUGGUGAUAAUGACUCAUGGAACAUCAGGAGCCAUAUAUGGUGUGGACGGCAAAACAGUCUCCAUAGAAGAAAUCAAAAUGAUGUUGAAUGGAGAGAACUUCACUGCAAUGGCCGACAAACCUAAAGUCCUUCUUAUUCAAGCCUGUAGAGGAGAAACAAAAGAUGAAGGUGUGAAAGAGACAACGGCAGAUAUUGAAAAGGAAAUAAAAUCCACAGGAGAAAUACUGAAGGACUUGUCCUUAAACACUGUCUCAGAUUCCAAAAGUGAGAGUGUCACUGCUACAAUGAGUCACAUGGUUGUUGCCAUGGCAUCAACUUUAGGCAUGGUUUCCUAUCGGAACAAAAUAUACGGGUCCUGGUUUCUGACAGCUGUAGCUUAUGUUUUUGCUAAAUAUGCUCAUACAAAUGACAUUCAUCAAAUGCUUACAAAGGUUAAUCAGCUGGUAUCACGAGGAAGGGCAAAAGACAGCAAACAGAACAAAGAAUUUGUGGCGAUUUCUGAGAGCAGCUACACCUUGUCUAAGGACUUGUAUUUCUGCCCAGGUUAUUUUAUCGAGGAAGUUCCACAAAGUAGAAUCCAACAAGCUUCUUUCUGACUCUGAUUUCUUACCCAAGACUUUCUUUGGAUAUCUUUUCUAUUUUUGAAAAGAUGUUAUCCAACAUGUGUGAGGUUUAGAGAGUGAAUUAGAACAAGUGUACUCAUAUGAUUCAUUUGACUUUCUGAAGAUUGAAAGAAUAUAUGUAACAGUGAUAUACAUUUAGAAUAACUUUCAUGAAAUUCUGAACUGUUUUAUAUUAACAGUUUUAAAUUUUCAAAACAAAAAGGCAACAGAUAAUCCAAGAUUUAGCUCACCUGUCGGAGUCAUUAAUUUUACAAGAGAUAUCGAAGCAAGCUAGAAGAUGAAACAUUGCUACUUUUUUUUCAAACUGCAGUUUAACAUAUAACACAAAACAGCUUCUUGUGAAGAACAGCUAGAGAGUAUAUAGAAUUAAUAAAACUGAAAUGGAAACAAUCCAUUAUAUGAUAUGAAUAAAUACAGAAUAAUAUUUAUGAAUCGAA